AUGGCGAUAAAAUAUCUAUGCGUAGCAGAAAAACCAUCAAUAUCAAAAUCAAUUACUCAGAUAUUGUCAUCCGGUUCUUAUAAUUCGAGGAAUACGUCCAGUAAAUUCAUAAAGAACUAUGACUUCAAUUACAAAAUGACAGGAUACAAUGGUAGACAAGUCUCAUUCACAGUAACAGCCGUCGCUGGACACCUUACAGCCUCAGACUUCGGGAAAGAUUACCGGAAAUGGCACAGUUGCGAUCCUCUGCAGUUGUUUGACGGUAGAGUUGAAGUCAGUACAGCCGGGAAUAUGUCAGCAAUCGAGCAGAAUCUCAAAAAUGAAGCGAGAUCGAGCAGUCACUUGAUGAUAUGGACAGAUUGUGAUCGUGAAGGUGAACACAUCGGUGCAGAGAUAAUGAGUAUCUGCCGGAAAGCCAACCCAAGGAUUGAAGUGAGCAGGGCGAAAUUCUCAGCCAUUAUUCCAAACCAGAUACACAAUGCUGCGCGUCAUCCUGCUGAAUUGGACAUGAAACAGGUACGGGCUGUCGAAGCGCGUAUUGAGCUUGAUCUCCGGAUUGGUGCCGCGUUUACGCGUCUGAUGACUAUGAAUCUCUCCAAGCAGAUUGCAGAAUUAGAUGUACAUACAGGCCCUUGUCAAUUCCCCACACUUGGAUUCGUUGUCGAUCAAUACCAACGCAUAAAAGACUUCAUAUCAGAGGCGUUCUGGUACAUUUUUGUGUCAAUCAUACACAGAGAUGAUGAUGGCAAGGAUAGCAAUGUUGUUUUUCAUUGGCAACGUGACAGACUUUUUGAUCCAGAUUUGUCGUUUAUCCUUUAUGAACAAUGCGCCAUCAAUCCCUCAGCCCGUGUUACCAAAAUAGCAGAAAAGCUCUAUCAGAAGGGGUUUCUCUCAUAUCCGCGUACAGAAACCGAUCAGUAUGAUCCAUCAUUCGACUUUCACUCGCUUAUCGAUAAGCAAGCGAAUGAUGGCGUUUGGGGCUCUUAUGCGAGGUCAUUGACAGAUAGUGGAUUCGACAAGCCGCGCGAGGGGAAGAAAAAUGAUAAAGCGCACCCACCUAUCCAUCCAACAGCCCAUGCAUCUGGAUUGACAGGCAAUGAUAAGCGAGUAUAUGAAUACAUAACCCGUCGCUUUCUCGCUUCAUGCUCUAGAGACGCCAAAGGGAAAAACACUAAUGCGGAAGUAGAAAUCGCUGGGGAGAUAUUUAAAGCAUCUGGCUCGGUAUUACUGGAGAAGAAUUACUUGAAUGUCUUCCCUUACGACAAGUGGUCCAGUCAUACGAUACCUAAUUUCACAGUAGGGCAGGUCUUCACACCAUCUGUUUGCGAACUACGCGAGGGGAAGACGACACCACCGAAUCUUCUUACUGAAGCAGAUCUCGUUAGCUUGAUGGACAAGCAUGGUAUUGGGACUGAUGCGACUAUCGCGGAGCAUAUUCACAAGAUCAUCGAUAGAGAAUAUGUAAUGGAACACAAGCAGGGUAAUACAAAAUACCUUGUACCGUCUACACUCGGUGUCGCUCUCGUUGAAGGAUACAACAAGAUGAAUUUGGAGAAAUCUGUAUCUAAACCACAACUCAGACGCGAGAAUGAGGAGAGAAUGAACCGUAUUGGUGAAGGUCUGGUAGAAAAAACCGACGUCCUUAUAGAGUCCAUUGACCAAUAUAAGGAUAUUUAUAUUCGGUCUGCUCGGCAAUUUCAAGUUUUGGUCGAGAGUGGAAACAAUGAUGAAGAUGACUAUGAUGAUGGCUUCGGUGGUGGCGGCAACGGCGGUGGUGGUAACGACAGCGACGACCACGAUGGUGGUCCUCCCACUACUCGCCGAAGAGGGCGUCCACCGGGAUCAAAGAAUAAAACUACUAGGAAUUCUACCGCCAAUUCAAACUAUCAAAUGACGGUGUUCGAGCCAUCCAAAACAAACACGCCUAAAGAAGGUCAAGUUAGGUGCAAAUGUGAUCUUUCUGCAAAGCGUUUUGUCACUCAACAAGGUGCAAACAAAGGGCGAGCAUUCUGGAAAUGUCCUAACACAUCUAAGAGUGCGCAGUGUAAUUUCUGGUCAUGGGAAGAUAGUCUCAAUGUUGGAAAUGCCAACACUCAUCAAAAUCAAGACGACGACUAUAAUCUAAUAAACGACGAUGAAUUAAUCGCCGAUGACGAUGCAUCUUGCAAGAAUCCCCAAAGGGCACCUCCCAGAGAAUCAUCAAGUGGUGCAACAAGAGCUACCUCAAGGAAGGCCACUUCAAACUCUUCUACUAGCACCAAAAAUGGCGAUACUUGUUACAAAUGCAACAAGAAAGGUCAUUGGGCGAGCAAUUGUCCUAAUCCAGCCAAAGCACCAGCUAAGAGGAAAACAUAUACUAGGAAAUCAACACAGAAAAGACAAAAAAGAUCGUAA